ACUCGAGGUCUUCUCCUUCCUCGCCUGGGGCGUCGGAAAGCACCCGUGCCUGGGGAUGAAGUUCGCGAAGCUGGAGAUGAAGAGCAUCCUGGCGGUCCUGCUCACCACCUUCGAGUUCAAGCUGACGGCCAAGGAGGGCGCCCUCCCCGAGCCCGACCGCAACAACCUCCACACCACCCGCCCCAAGGAGCCCGUGUUCGUCUCCUACGAGGCCCUUCCUCCGCACGCCCACUUCGAUUGA